UCUUAUUCUUUUUUAGUCUGUGACUACUUUAUAGUAAAUUUAGCUCAUACAAUAUUAACGUACAAUUAGUUGGAAAUUAUUGUAUAUCAGGUAGCAAAUCAAUAUUGGUUCUUCACAAGUACUACCUCAGAGUUUUCUCGGGAUUUGUCGAUUUGAGGAAUUCCACAGAAGCUGAACGCCCUGUUGACUCUGGCAAAAUGAUAUUUGGAGUAAGGUUAUCAUCUAAUUCUUCCAUUCCCCGUCUGUUGCCUAAUGAGACAACUCAUCAGCCUGUUUCUAUUGGACCAUCAUCUCAUGCACAAUCCCCUGUGGCUCAGCUUGGAGAACAGAAUAAAAGUUCACUUAAUGGAGCAGAUACAACAACUGACAAACAAGCAUCUGUUUCAUCUGUUUUGUCUGGGCCACCUUCUCAACAACAAUCUCCUUCGGCUCAUUUUAAAGAGCAAAAUGGAAAUUCGCCGAAUGGAGCGGGAACACUAGGGGACCCUUUUCUAGCCAAUCAAACAUCUCUCGAGUCUAAUGUCCCAAGAAUGCCAUCUCAAAUACCAUCUUCUGCGCCUCAGUUAGAAGAGCAGAAUAGAAAUUCACUAAAUGGUGCACAAACACCAGUCGACCCUUUUGUUGGCAAUCAAACAUCUCAAGGGGAAACCUCAGAAAAUUUGCCCGAGAUAACUGAUUCCGAGCUGCCAAAAACUCCCGGAGACUCAAAUUCCUUUUUGGUUCUUCUAUUUGAGAAGUUUUUAAGUGCUAGUGAUGCUGAUCGCAAGUUAGCACGUCUGGUGCUGCCUAAGCUAUGUGCAGAGGUCUAUUUUCUGUUUACUCCCGAUGGACAACGAUUCCCCAUUGAAGUCCAGGAUACAACAGGCAAGGACUGGAAAUUUUACUUCCGUGUUUGGAGAAAUGGUCACGGCAGGAUGUAUGUACUUGAAGGACUAAGGAAAUACAUGGCCUUAAUGGACUGGAAAGCUGGUGACAAAGUGUGCAUCAAGGCCUGCGAGCUCAAAGGAGCAUGAAGUUGUGCUCUUUUGAGCAUAUUUUUUGAUGAGGACACGUAUCUGAAAAUUCUUCCCUCUCCAGUUUUCUGAUCUCAGGUUGAUAAGAAAGCAUUCCGACUUCAUCUGCUUUCCGACUUCAUCAGAUUACUUGGGCAGUCCAGAAAAUUUAUGCCAUGCUUUCUUCCAGAGGGACAAACGCGAUGUUUCUACAAAAGGCGGCCAUCCAGAUCAUUCCUGUUGCGACCUCGAGGUUCUACCAAGCAAUUUGGAUAAAAGAAGAAAUGAAAAUGAAGACUUUUCAAACUUUUCAGUUUGCAAAUACAGAACCUAUUUGUUCAUUCCUGUAUUUAGCCACUAAAGGUAGCUAAUAUUCCAACAGAUUGUAAUGUACUGAGCCAGAUGUAGAACUUGACAAAUAUUUGUUCAAGAAUGUACUAAUACCGAAUUUUUCAUAUCACCU